UGGACAGCUGGUCCCUUUCCCAUCCCUUACAGUGAUGGAGGGAGGCUGGUAGCUUCAAUAGCAGCUGUGGAGCAUCAGGAGUGGCCGAUGGACCUGCCAGAGGGCCGGGCUGGUGGCCCCGCUGCAGAAAUGUACCUCUGGGAGCAGCCUGAGGAGGUGAGCCCAGGACCAUUGCUCAGCUUAGAGGAGCAGAUACUCAACUCCACGUUUGAAGCUUGUGACCCUCAGAGGACAGGCACCGUGGCUGUGACCCACGUGCUGGCGUACCUGGAGGCUGUGACAGGCCAGGGCCCCCAGGAUUCUCGCCUCCAAACAUUGGCCCAAAGCCUGGACCCCAAAGGGGAGGGCCCUGGGGCCACUGUGGACUUGGACACCUUCCUGGUUGUCAUGCGGAACUGGAUUGCUGCCUGUCAGCUGCGUGGGGGAUUAGAGCUUGGAGAGGAGACCGCCUUGGAGGGAGCCCUGACCUCCCAGCAACUGCCAUCUGGAUUCCCAGAAGCUGAGGAGCCAGCCAACCUGGAGAGCUUUGGAGGCGAAGACACCAGACCCGAGAUGCCUGCCACAGCUGACCUUCUGAGCAGCCUGGAGGACCUGGAACUCAGUAACCGGCGUCUGGCUGGGGAGAAUGCCAAACUACAGCGCAGUGUGGAGACAGCCGAGGAGGGGUCAGCGCGCCUCACGGAGGAGAUCUUGGCCCUGCGCAGGCAGCUUCGCAGUACCCAGCAGGCUCUGCAGUUUGCCAAGGCAGUGGAUGAGGAGCUGGAAGACCUGAAGUCUCUGGCCAAAAGCCUGGAAGAGAAGAAUCGCAGCCUUCUGGCCCAGGCCCGGCAGACGGAAAAAGAGCAGCAGUACCUGGUGGCGGAGGUGGAGACUCUGCAGGAGGAGAAUGGGAAGCUACUGGCUGAGCGGGAUGGAGUGAGGAGGAGGAGUGAGGAGCUGGCCACAGAGAAGGAUGCUUUGAAGCGGCAGCUCUAUGAAUAUGAACGCCUCAUUUGCCAACGAGACGCCAUCCUGUCUGAGCGUACUCGCCACACGGAGAGCUUGGCCAAGACUUUGGAGGAGUACAGAAUGACCACGCAGGAACUGAGACUGGAAAUCUCACACCUGGAGGAACAGCUGAAUCAGACCAGUGAGGGACCAGAAGAGUUACUGGAAGAGGCCCAGGCAAGAAGAGCAGGCUGGACGACACUGGUGCCCACAUCACUGGGCUUGGAGAUUGAGGCCAUUUGUCAGAAACAGGAAAUGGCAGGUUCUGAUCUCUCCAGUCCUCUGUGUGGAGUAUGGCAGUGGGAGGAGGUCAUCAAUGAGCCCCAGGAGGAAACUGAAUUUUCAUCUGAAAUCCUAGCUGGGGCACAGAGCAACCCCGAGGGAGAGACAGCACAUCUUGAAGAAGGAACAAAGGCGCCAUUGCUGCGGUUGUCCAGAAGAGAGGAAGAGGAAGAAGCGGAGAGCUUGGUCACGACUGAUACCCCGAUCCCUCUGGGAGACCCUCACCCUGAAAACAUCCCAGGAAGCCCUCCUGAAAGCAGCUCUGUUGAGUCAGAGUUCCAGCAAGCCCUGGUGCCUGUGGUGAAAGAGCUGGUCCCAGUCAGGAGGCCCUGGGGCCAAUGCUGCCUGCACCCCCAGCGACUCAGGGUCACUCAGCACCCGCUGGUCCCAGCCCCGAUCCUGGGCCUGCUGCUACUGCUGCUGCUGCUCUCAGUCCUGCUGCUGGGCCAGUCCCAGCCCCCUACCUGGCCCCACCUGCAGCUCUGCUACCUGCAGCCCCCACCAGUGUAAGGCAGGGCUGAUCCUGCUUUCCUUCCCCAGGGAGCAAUGUCUAGUUCCAUUGCUCCCUCAGGGAGCUUUCUCCUGUUCCCUUCAUUGUUAUGCCACUGUUAUUUGGGAUCACCCAGAGCUAGUACAUAGGGAUCCACAUCCCAUCUUGAGUUUUUAUGUGAAGUCUCCUGGUUUUCUACUGUUGGUGACUCUGUUUCUUAAUAAUAGCA